GGGCUGCCGUGCUGCUGGCGCCAUGCGGAUCGCGCUGCCGCCGCUCGGCCGCUCGCUGCGAGGGGCGCUGGGCGGCGGGGCCAGGCCCGGGCCCCGGGGGCUGUGCGGCCCCUGCCCCCCGCCGCCGCCGCAGGAAGCCGUGGCCGGUGCUCAGCCUCAUGUGCAGCCUACUUUUGGCUUUCUUUUUGACAUCGAUGGAGUAUUGGUACGAGGAAAGACUCCAAUUCCUGCUGCUAAAGUAGCUUUUCAAAAGCUGGUAAAUUCUCAAGGACAUUUCUUGGUGCCUGUUGUGUUUGUCACCAAUGCAGGGAACUGUCUUCGCCAGAAAAAAGCUGAUCAGUUGUCUCAUAUUCUGGGAGUGCCAAUUUCACAAGACCAGGUCAUGCUGUCUCAUAGUCCUUUGAGAAUGUUCAAACGUUAUCAUGACAAAUGCGUUCUUGUGUCUGGGCAAGGACCACUUCUGGAUAUUGCCAAUUGUUUGGGUUUUUGUCGGCCUAUUACUAUUGAUAUGCUACGGGAGAUGUACCCUUUGCUGGAUAUGGUGGACCAUGACAGAAGGCCUAAAAUUUUGCACUCCCCAGCUGUGGACCUUCCCAAAAUUGAGGCUGUUGUUUUGUUUGGGGAGCCAAUCAGAUGGGAAACAAAUCUCCAGUUGAUUAUAGAUGUUUUGCUGACAAGUGGCUACCCAGGAAAUCCAUAUCAUCAUGCAAAAUACCCACAUAUACCUGUUCUUGCUUGUAAUAUGGACCUAAUGUGGGUAGCUGAAGCUCAGUCUCCAAGAUUUGGGCAUGGAACAUUUAUGGUUUGCUUGGAAAACAUUUACAAGAAGAUCACUGGCAAGGAACUUAAAUAUGAGGCUUUGAUGGGCAAACCUAGUGAACUGACCUAUCAUUAUGCAGAGUACCUCAUCAGAACACAAGCAGCAGAAAGACAGUGGAAGAAGCCUAUUCAGUCUCUUUAUGCUAUUGGGGACAAUCUAAUGACUGAUAUCUAUGGCGCUAACCUUUACAAUCGUUACCUUGAAGAAAAGAACUCCAGAAGAGGUUCCAAAGCACGUGUUCAAGCCAAAGUUGCUGCAGGCACAAGAUCUACUACUGUUUCUCAGGAUGAUGAAAUAAGCAACACUUGGGAAAGUGAACUAGCAUCUGCCACUGCCACUAGUUGUAGAUCUAUUCUUGUCUGUACUGGAGUUUAUAAUCCUCAUGCAGAGGUGUCCCCUGAGACUGGGGAGAGUGUAACUGAAACAGUGUUCCACGGUCACAGAGAUUUUAGAUUUGAUCCUGCCUUGAUUGAACCAGAUCAUAUUGUACCAGAUGUUGCUGCUGCUGUAGACCUGAUCUUCCAACUAGAGAAUUUUGCACCUAAUUGAAAAACCAGUACUCUCUAAGGAUUUCCUAGCUCUGUGCUUCUCUUCCAAAAGCAAACUGGGGCAUGUAGCACAGCACAAACUGUGGCUUUCUAGCACAUUUAACCCUUUAAUUUUAAUACUUUUAGCAAAACACUUCCUAUGUGUUUUAAUAGCACUUCAUUGUCAUCCUAUUCCACCCUUUAUGUGUGUGCGUGUUUUUAAGUUUGUCAUCUUGCAUAAUGUCUUGGGGAACUGUCAUAUUGUGUGUGGGGGGGUUUGUUUUGUUUUGUUUUUAAUUCUCACAUGUUUACUUUAUUCCUCUGUUCAUUUGCUGAAGGAGUUAGUCUCUAAUUGGGUGCAUGCAGGAGUUUGAGGAGUGGCAAUUAAGUAGUUCAAAUAACCCAAGUAGACUUUGGCUGGUGCAGUGCCCUGUAUACUUCUCUGGUGCUCCAUAAGUAAUAAGCUUUCCUUCCCAUACUUUGCCUCAGGUUAAAAGCAAGUAAUGUGCAUCCUUGACUCUCCCUCUCUGUACUUGUCCACUCUUAAUUGUGUAUCUGUAUAUACAUCUCUUUCCACUUAGGCUUGCAACUACAAUUGCUGCCCUCAGCUUUUCAGUUUGCUCUCAGGGAUGCCCAUGAGAGCUAGUAUAAAUGCUUAGUAGCCAGUACCAUUUCUGGAAUUUCUGGUUACUGAAACAGCUGAUCUAAGAGGGAGACUAAACUGGGGUCUUCUAUAUAGUGCACCAGAACUAACUUUCUUUUUCCAUAGUCUCAGAAAUAUAUGAAAAUGCUAUAAUCCAUAUAACUUUAGUUAAGAAUUUUAACUAUAGUCAUAUUGUGAGUACUGUAUUUUUUGCAUAUGACAUGCAUAUUUCCCCUCCAAAAUCAGCCCCCAAAACUGGAGGACAUCCUAAAUGGGAAACCUAAGCUGGUUUCUUCAUUGGAAGAGGAGCACUCUUGGAGACACUAUUUGUAUGCCAAGAUAUCUAGAUGCCACUUGUCUGGCUCAGCAUACUGAAAGAAUGGAGUCCUGUUAAACCUCUCUCAGCCAUACCUAUUGGCUGAGAACUAUAGAUUGUGCCUGAAGCAGUGAGUGACCUGCUGGUAGUAUCUUGAUGAGGCUUGUGAUGUGGAAACACUUUAUUUACAAGAACUUUAUAAAGAACUAAUUACAAUAAAGAAUUAACAUUAUUGCUGCCUGUGGCAGAGCACAGGGUGUGUCUGCCACUUUAAGGGCCUGGAGCUGGCAGCCUCCAGGUGCCUGAUUAGGGCAGCCAUUUUAGAGGCAAGGGCUGCCUAUAUAAGCAGGGCAUUUGGCUGCAGGAGGCCAGGCAGCAACAUCGCCUGGCUGAAGGGCUGCUGAGAACGAACUGGAGGUAAGGGGGAGCUGCAAGGGGUUGGUAGGAGGCUCCUGGUCCUGGGCAUGACCUGAAACUGCACCCUGCCAGGACUGGGUGGCCUGGUGGGGCUCUGUGGCGCGGGAGCCCCCAGGAAAUACCAGGCCAGUUACUAUCCUGGUGAAAGGCAGGUCGGGGCGCCUUAACCCCUAGCUCCCACCACCACCGGGUGGGUUACCCUUGGGUUUGUUGGGGGGCCCAGAGGGCCAGUGUUGUGAGGGGCCCAGAGAGGGCGGACCCUGAGAGCGUGAUUGAGUACAGGGCAUGGUGCUGUGGUUGCAUCCUUGGGCCUCACCGUGCCACUACUCCCUUUCUCCUAGGGGCAAGUGAGCUGCUAGAGACCCAGCCCGAAGGGGAGAGUACCCUCGACUGGCCCAAGCUGGGGCCAGGACUAUGGGAGUCAAAAGGGCCAGGGGCCCACUGCGAGGAACACCCAAGAGCCGGGGGCCUGGGGUCCCGACUGGCCUGGAGGUGGGCCAGGGCAAGUGGCCGAAGGUCCCGGGGGGACCACACCCGAGAGGGGAACAUGGCUUCGGGGGGGCUAGGUAGCCUGGAUGACGGCAGAGUGGCCGCCUGAUAGGAGAGGAUCAUAGAGGGGUCCUGUGUGGAUGAUUGUGGGGCCGGUGACGAUGUGAACACCAUGAUGCUGUCUGUGAGGCUUGGGCUGCGGUAUUAGGGGAGGUUGGAGCUGCAGAGAGUGCCCCCUGGCAUCGGGGCACGAAUGGGCAGCCUCCCGCUUAAUUGACAUCGGAUUGAAUCAAUUAUCAUCAAAGGCAUGGUGGACGAGAUAGGCGGGCGGUUGCCCAAGGACAGGUGGGUGGGCCAUGAAGACCUCGGCCCUGAGUAGGCCCCCUGUCACGGUGACAGGCAGGCGGGCCACGGAGCCCGGCCCCGGGGAGGCCCCCUGUCACACUGCCCGUGCAAAAGCGUAUGUUGUAGUGAUGUGCUUCUCCCAGACUGUCUCCUGGGAUGCCAUACUUCCUGGACAGUGUGUUCCCAGGAGGACUGACUUUGUCACACAGUCAGCCAUAAAUCUGAAAAAAAUCUUUUUUCCCUACAUUGUGCCAUCCAAAAACAACUUACAUGUUGUAUGCAAGAAAAUGUGGUGUUUUCUUCAUUCAGCUGAAUUUAUGUGCAAAAUGUAUGCAAGAGCUAUUUGGGCAAAGUGUGUCCAGUUUUUUUACUUGAAACUUCAAACCACUGUGUUAACUAACCUGUCUCUACUUUAAUAUGCAACAGAGUUUUUCUUUUGUUGUGGUACCAUAUGUUUGUCUUAACAGGUCAUUGAUCUUCUACCUGUUUUGUCUUGGUGUUUAAUUUAUUUUAGUCGGUUACUGUUUUUAUAAAAUGUUUUUAACAUUUAACACAAAGAGAAUGCCUUCUGAAAUACUCUGCCUUAAUCUAGUACAGCAUGGUGGGAAGUGUACUUAUGGAACAGGCUUUGUACCUGUCCUAAAAUAGCUAACCUAACUAUAGCAGAGGUUGCACCAAUGGUACAGAAACCUCAGUUUACGUUCUUUUGUCACUUCAUGCCCAUGGAAUCUGUUGUGGCUUGGAAGUUCACACAAAUAAAUACCAGAGUCUGCAUCUGUUGCUAAGCUCUUUGUACAAAUGAAGCACUGUAUAGACACGGGGCGAGAGGAACCAAAAAACCUGCGAUAUUAAGUGAAAGAGCUCUGAGUGCUUUCCACUUUAUUUCACUAGCACCAUAACUUUAACUUUAAAAAAAAAAAAAUCUAACGAAGUAAACAAGGCAAGAAGAUUGCAGCUGUGAAGUCUAUUUUGAGAAAGUUUAGUCUUCACAAACUUAUUGAAUCUCUUCUCUAUCCUUAGGAUUGUUGAUUCUCUCACUCCAAGCGUGGUCAAAUCAACUUUAUUGCAUCUUGUUUACCUCUGUUAGUCCAGGUUUAACAAUUGUGUUUUAAGUGGAGUGUUUUCUGCUCCAUUGUUUUAAGAGAGCACAAGGGACACUUCUACACAAGCUGGGGGUGGGGAAGGGGAGGGGAGGGGGACUUUUUAAUUAGAGUGGCUCCAGGAGUUGCUCUAAUUAAAGCAUUAGUGUCCCGUGUAUCAGUGUCCCCAUAUUUAAAAAUGGCAUCAGGGGCACUUGAACUAAAGCUUGUUUGAUGAGCUUUAGUUUGAGUGCUCCUGCCACCAUUUUUUUUUUUAGGCCCAGGGGCACUGAUGCACAUGAUGGGAGGCUUCUGGAGUGUGGUAACUACCACACUCAAGCAGACUCAAUCAAUCGAGCAGCCUCCAUGCUCAUGUACAGUCACCCAAUAGUGUUUACUGCUUUUUUGGCUCUGUGUGAUAACAAAUAGGCAUAUGCCUGUUUCUCAGCAGUAUGGUGGAACAAAUCUAAGUACUGAACACUUACAGAUAGAGAUUGUAUUUAGGAAAAUGUGAAAGACCAGGACUGCUAAAGUGAUGGCAUUUUGACACGGAGGCACAUUAGAGAAUUUAAUGGUUACAAGAGGAAACUGUUUGAAACAGCCUCUUAACAUUCAAUCUGGAGAGAACAAUGGAGGUGGAUGAAGAAAAGUAUCUAAUUUGUUCAUGUGUUUGUGGGCUUUCACAUAUACAAAAAAAGAAGCUCUCAAGCUUUAGCAUUUACUCUCUAAUUUAUAAAUAACACAUGCAGCUUAUUAAAAUCAAUUAACUAUUAACUCCUACUUCAGAUAUCUCGCAAACAUUUUCUCAGCAGAUCUGUUUGCAAAUAAUUAGGCUAUUUUGCUACAUAUCUAUUACUCGCUAGUGCAUUCAAGCUAGUUUUAAUCUAGCUAUAUCAGGUAUCAAUGUAGUGUAGUGAUUUUCAUAAUCAGUGUCUAGGAGCCCUUGUCAUGGACUUGGGUCCCACUAUUUUUAAACGCUAAGCAAAGACUGUCCCUGUCCCAAAGAGGGCCAAUCUCUAUAAAAUGACAAAUAGAUGCUGAUGGACUGGGGUGGAAAAAGUACGAGGGGAUGAGGUGAUUAGCACAAUAAGGGUGCAUCCAGACACUUGCUGCUCAAACCACAUGUGUUGCUCAUUAAACCAUGUGCAGUACUAAUUUACAGCAUGGGGGCAAAAUUUGCUACUGGGAUUUUCUGGGAGCAAAAAAAAAAAAAACCUGGGGGGGAAAAAAAGCAGUGCAAAGUAUGAGAAAAUAGCGUUCAACGGGACAAAUGCAAAGAUGGGGCUGCCUGCUUCCCCAUCUCCACAUGCUGUGGGGUCUCCCACACUGAAGCACGCUGAGACAGGGAAGCACCAGCCCACUGCUGCCUUCUUCCACAUCUUGAGUUACACUGCGUCCCAGCCAGCUGAUCUGUGGCUGGCUGGGGUGUAGUGCACCUUGGCACAGGGAGAUGGGCUGGGCUGCCUGCUUCCCCAUCUCCACAUGCCUCUCCUCAGUGGGUUGGGGGUAAAGGGUGCAUCAGUCUGGGGGCUGAAGGAAGAGGUAGUUUUGCAGAUGUUUCAGAGAGCAAUUACCAAGUAUGAAGCAGAGGCACAGGUUUCAGCUACCCAAGUACCUAGGAUCCCUGGGUGGGCUUGUAUAAUUUUGUAUUUAUUGUCUAUCCUGCCAUGUCUUAGCUUUAACCUAGCUAGUUUAGGUAGCAAUAGAGCAAAGUUGAGUAUUGCAGUAUAAACAGCCUUAGAGAGGAGUGUGGUUAUUAGGAUUUGUUUUAACUUCAUGGAAAUGAAAGUGAUGCUCUAACUAACAAACAAACAAAAAUAACCCUUUUUGUUCUGUGGCUCAUGUUAACCUUGGAAAUGAUGCAGAAUCCUAACUUUUGUACACUGUAGUGUAGUAAAAGCAAUAAAUUAUCAAAAUACUUGUGGUCUUGGCACAUUUACUGCAAUCGGUGUGCUCUGACCAUUGUACAACAAUUUGAAGCAUAAUGGGGGAUUUUGUUCAAGAAAUGGAGAAUGAGUAUUCGCAUAUAGGAAUUUCUAAAAGAAUAUCUCCCGUUGGUGAUUACUGAUUGAAGGGUCUUGGUUACAAGUCGUCCUGAGUACUUGGUGAAGAUGGGGAUUCUUUUUAGUUAUUCCACUGGGAAGGAGUCAAAUUGAUAUUAUGUUAAUCUAGGUAAGAAAGAGACCAGGAAGGACAAUGUUUUCAGCUGGUCCUGUCAAGGCAGUCUCCAAAACUGACAUUUUGUAGCUGGUGAUUUUAUUUCUAAUAAUGCACUUCCAAUUUCUCCUAUUCCAUUUUUUAAAUCUUCCCUCCACCCCCUCCAUCCCUCCCACCAUCUCAUUCUUCCAUCAGUCUUAAGCUCCUAAAUUUACUGCACUGAAAUAGGCAGGAUUCGUAGCAUUGUUCUCAUUGUAUUUAAGCCUUAAAUUAAGGAAGCUAUUGCACAAACAUAUUAGCAAUUGUUGAUUUAAAAUGUACUGUAAAGACGGUUAAGGUAAGUGACCAAGACUUCAAGUUUUUAUUUUAGGUACCUAAUGUCCAUGAUUGAAUUCUGCAAGAGAUGUGGGUGUGUUGAAUCUGCAUAUGUGAAUCUAAAGUUACUGUCUGUUACAUGUACCAAUAUCAAUGUAUUGUAAACAAAGUAAAAUUUUAUUCACAUAUUCUGUGCCUGCCAGUCUGGCAGAACUCUUUGCGAUACUCAUGACUGGAGUCAUUUAUUUAUGAAGCCACUCGGACAAACAUAAGGUACCAGUGGGAGUUAAGCAUUCAGUUGUCUUGGAGGACAUGUUCCUGUAUAGCAGACUCAGUCUUCAUUCUUUGGAUGGGCAUGUUUUUAUUAUUGGUAGUGUUGUUCCUUUUUUUUUUUUUAAUUGUCAUGUGCUUAUUUUUUAACUAAUAUUAAACUUGCAGUGUUUUAAUCCCAAAUUAUA